UGAAGAGGGGCGGGCCGAGGGGCGGGGCCUCCGUGGCCGGAGCUGGCGGGGCUGCCGGGUGGGAGCCGUGCGGUCGGACUGCUCGCGGCUCCGGGAUGGCCUCCCCGCGGGAGCUGACGCAGAACCCCCUGAAGAAGAUCUGGAUGCCGUACAGCAACGGGCGGCCCGCCCUGCACGCCUGCCAGCGCCGCGUGUGCAUGACCAACUGCCCCACGCUCAUCGUCAUGGUGGGCCUGCCCGCUCGGGGCAAGACCUACAUCUCCAAGAAGCUGACGCGCUACCUGAACUGGAUCGGCGUGCCCACGCGGGAGUUCAACGUGGGUCAGUAUCGCCGGGAAAUGGUCAAGACGUACAAGUCUUUUGAGUUUUUCCUUCCAGACAACGAAGAGGGCCUGAGGAUCCGAAAGCAGUGUGCCCUGGCCGCUCUCCGUGACGUCCGGCAGUUCCUUAGUGAGGAGGGGGGACACGUGGCGGUUUUCGAUGCAACAAACACCACCCGAGAGCGGAGGGCGACCAUCUUUAAUUUUGGGGAGCAGAACGGCUACAAGACCUUCUUCGUUGAGUCCAUCUGUGUGGAUCCCGAGGUCAUCGCGGCCAACAUCGUGGUGAGUGCCUGACCGUCGCGGGGCAGUCGGUCCCCCGCGCGGGGGCUUGUGCCUGGGCCUCAUUCGCUCUUCCUGACCUCGGGGCGGGUGCGGGGACAGUAGGGUGCUGGUCAGGGGAGCCUGGGCCCCCACCCCCACCCCCACCCAGGGCCACUCAUGUUGGGGGGCUUUGUGGCACGUGGGCAUUCAUUCUUCCCCCUCUCCCUUCCCCUCAUAGUCCCGGGCGU